AAUGUAAUUUUAGGGGAACAAGCUAACGCAAAACUAUUGGAUAUUUGUAUCUUUUUCUUUAUUCCUUUUUGUAUAACUCCAUAUUAUUCUUCAACAAAAUGCCAUGGGCGAACGAUUCAGAUCUGGCAAAUUACGGAUUUUUGAUGCACACACAGGUGGUCGAGUUCCCAGCCAUUACAGAGUACAUCCUGGUACGGAUCACAUUAGUUGGUAUCGGGCUGUCGAUUGUUGGGGCGCUGCUCUCUGUUUUUCUCAUCUGCUAUGUACCGGUACGGAGUGACUCGCUCCUAUCUGUAUGUAACAUGUGUAUAGCACUCAUUGGAGCACAACUGGCCUUUGCAGGAGCAGAAAAUGCAUUUCCUCAGAAGAUCAUGUGCAAAAUUUCAACAGCAGCGCUGCAUUAUCUUUUCCUCGCUGUGCACACUUGGUCGCUGGCGUUCUCGGUGCAUAUGGUGCUUAAGUUGUAUCGUCUGCUCCACGGGAAGAGGACCAAGCGACGUUUCAUGCUUGUCACCAUCGGCUGGGUGAUGCCCAUGCUGGUAGUGGCGACCACAGCGGUGGUGUCCGGAGACGGCUACGGGGACGAACGAUUAUGCUGGCUUAGUAUUGCCAACGGAUCGGUUUGGGCCUUCAUUGGGCCCGUGUGUCUUAUUGCCUCGAUAAACUUGCUUGUGCUUCUUCAAGUUUUAUUUGUCCAAUAUCGACAUGAUGCUAAAAAAGACCUUCCCAUGGUUUUACGCAUCAGAAACCUGUUCUCCACGAUGGUCACCCAGCUUCCGGUCACCAACGUCACGUGGCUGUUAGGACUUGUACCGCCAUCUUACGUCAGCUUCCAGUAUAUUUUUGUAUUGUUCAAUGCCUCCCAGGGUAUGGUCAUCUUCACCUGCCACAUGCUGUACAGCAGCCAGAUCCGGACUCUGCUCAAGACCAAACUCCACGGCGUGCCACCGGGCGAUGGGCAGAAGAACGAGCUCAAUCUCUCCAAGAGCGACUCGACCGGAAAUACCCAAUCAUUGGAGAUGGACAUUGUUGGCGAGGGACUGAGGACGAUUUCAGUCUCGAAGAAAAGAGAUCCUUAAAAGAAAUUUCUUUAAAAAAAUAUAGUUACAUAAUAUCCGAUUAAAAAAAAGCUUUUUAAAACUUUUAACAGAAAAUAUGAGAUCCUAAAAAAUAAAUGAUUCAUUUAAAAAUGUUAUUGUGCAACAGCCUACUGUGUAUAGGCUAGUAUUACAGACAGUAGCGAAAUGGAAGUGGGUUCUAGUGUUUGCAGCUACGGUUCAGAUGCCGAUUGAUGAAGGAGCGUAAAAAAAAUUAAUAUCAAAACAACACGAUUAAUACAAGGGGCGUAAUCGUGAGUUUGAGUACCUGCCAAAGUACAGUUACGUCCCUGCUUAUACUGUAAAAUAAACCCGAAAACUGAUAGAGCCAUAAGGAACAAAUUAGACCUAUUUUAAAAAUUAAUAUGAUGAGAAUAACUGUUUUUUUAAAAUGGAAUUUGAAACGAAUUACAGAAUAUGCUGCUAAUUACCCUAGCUCCAAAAAUAAAUAAAAUAUAUGAAUAAUUAUUCUAGAGUGCUGUAAUUUUUGAAGACAACAUUUAAAAAAAAGUUGUUACAUUUACAUUUUCAUGGGCUAUGGGCUAGGAUUUACUCAUAGACCUAUAAAACUACAAGUUCAAAUUUCUUGGGAACUGUGUACGUUUUCAUUUGUUACUCUUCAUACUGUUAAGUGACUUACAUGGUUCAUAACAAGAACAAAAGCUCGCUUAAUUUAAACAAUGCAUAAUCUUUAUACAAAAGAAAUAAACAGUUGAAGAUACAACCAGAAUAGUCAGGAACAUAAUUUAUUUAUAAAAAAAAAGGAAAUGUCUUGCUGAACCAUUCACAAUUAUUCAUCAAGUAGAUAUAGCUGUUAUUAUUAGAGGUAUUAUGUGUUAGUAAUUCUACCUGUUUACUUGACAUUUGUUCAUCAUUUACAAACAUCUUCAAAUGCUAAGGUUGGGACCAAUGUAUCACAGAAGAAAAGGAUUAUGGUAGAUGGUUUAAGAUCAUACUUUUUGUAAAUACAUUCCAUUUUUUAAAAUAAUGAUGCAUUUAUGUGUGGAUAAGGUGGAGCUGAGACAAAGUCAAGCUAGGGGAAUAAUUAUAAAUGUAUAUAAAAGGGUA